GGCGGGACGAGGAGCUGCGCGUUGGAAACUCUUUGAUCACGAGCGACUGCUGGACUUCACAAGUUGAACGGCGGCAAGAGAAGUAACAACUUUUAACAUUCGGACUUGCCUCUCCCGUGUCAAGCUUUGUUCUUUUAUGAACCGUGGACUAGAGAAUUCAUUGCUGGACGUCACAGCACAUUUGUGUGAAUUAGCGACUCCGAAAAGAAACCAUAUCUGGUCAAACUAUUCAGCUGUCACAUGCGCUAUAUAUAGUCCGGGAUAAGCGCUGACUGAAGUCCUGUGGUCAGGGGGCUCAUCUUGUCCUCCCAGUCUACCCUUUGUUUCUUUUUUUUGUCCCCUCCUCCCUUUCAUCUUGUUCAUCAUGUUCCGUAAGGAGAUGGAGAAAUAUCGGGAUGUGGAUGAGGAUGAGCUCUUACAAAACCUCAGUGAGGAAGAACUCAAAAGACUUGAGGAUGAACUCCAAGAGCUCGAUCCAGAUAAUGCCCUGUUGCCGGCAGGAUUCAGACAGAGGGAUCAAACGAAGAAAGCUCCAACCGGAACGUUCCAGAGAGAUAACCUGGUCGCUCACCUGGAGAAACAGGCUAAAGAACAUCCGGACCGGGAUGAUCUUGUUCCUUACACUGGCGAGAAGAGAGGAAAAACAUGGGUGCCUAAGUCUAAAGUUGUUGAUCCUAUCCUGGAAGAUGUCACACUGGAGCCUGAAUUAGAAGAGGCGUUAUCUAAUGCGUCUGAUGCAGAACUGUGUGAUAUAGCAGCUAUUUUGGGCAUGCACACACUGAUGAGUAAUCAGCAAUAUUAUGAAGCAUUGGCCAGUAGUACUACUAUCGUCAACAAACAGGGCUUAAACAGUGUAAUCCAGUGUACUCAAUAUAAACCAGUACCAGAUGAACAGCCCAAUGACACAGAUGUGGAUGAAACACUGCAGAGGAUCAGAAGGAAUGAUCCAGACCUGACUGAGGUCAACUUGAACAACAUCAAGAAUAUUCCAAUCCCAACUUUGAAAGCAUAUGCUGAAGCUCUUAAAAAGAACAGUGUCGUGGAGCGCUUCAGCAUCGUCGGUACCAGAAGUAAUGAUCCUGUAGCCUAUGCCCUAGCAGACAUGUUGACAGUGAACACCACUCUGAAAUGUCUAAACGUGGAGUCAAACUUCAUCACCGGAGCUGGAAUUCUGUCACUAGUGGAAUCCUUAAAGAGCAACACUACACUGCAGGAGCUUAAGAUCGACAAUCAGAGCCAGCCUUUGGGUAAUAAGGUGGAGAUGGAAAUAGUGAACAUUUUGGAGAAGAACAGUACCUUGCUAAAAUUUGGGUACCACUUUACCCAGCAGGGCCCACGUUUGCGUGGAUCAAAUGCUAUGAUGAACAACAACGACCUGGCGCGUGUAGAUCGUUCAGACGCAGAUGGCGCGAUCACCUUUACUCUGUCAGUUCCUGAGCUGGAAAGAGCCUUCGGUAGAAAGUUCAAGUUCACGUCAAAACCCAAUAAGAAAGAGAAGGCUUGAAGGAGGACCCAUCUUCCCCAAGUGUCGGACAAACGUGUAGCACAGCAGGAAAACUGGGACCUCCGCCAGCAUAGAUCCUUCAGCCCACUUCAGUCUCUUUCGCAGAUACAAUAACACAAAUGGUUUUACAGUUUCUCUACUGACGUUUACCAUCCCAUGCAUUCAAAUACACUGUCUAUGAAAUCUGAUUCUCCCAUCACCAAUUCGGAAUAUGAUGUUUUUUUAACACUCUAGAUUUGAGGACUUAAACGUGUACCAUGUUUUGUUUAUCUGUCACAUGGUUACUCAUGGUGAAGUGUUUUAAUAAUGUUUAAACUACCUGCCAUAACAUCAGCAGAGAAAAAUCACCGGCAUGUGUUGAUGAAACCACUGUCGACAAAAUAAGACUCAGUACCCAGCUGAUCCUGCUCUACUUACUGUAAACAGUGUGACCCUAAAGCUAACCAUUUUGUUGCAUUUGGACAUCUUUGUGUGUUGGUUUUACAGCAUUAGUUAAGAGACCUUAGGUGCUUUAUGCACACCAAGAACACCAGACUUGACCGAUUACAUCUGUGUUUUGCCUUUUCUGGGGCAGUCUGAAUCUCACUGUAGUAGUUGUACUACACAUAUACAUAUUUUGCAUAGAGGCUUGUUUUUAAUGCGUGAUUUUUGACUUAUUGAACACUCUAAAAAAUGCUGGGUUAUUUUCGAUCAAAAAGGAACAGCAUUUUUUAGAGUUUAUGCUUUAUGUUUGACAUGUUGUACUGUGUUACUAGUACAUUUUAGAUUUUGUUGACACUUUAAAGGGCACUUGCUAUGCAAAAUCCACUUUUACAAGGUGUUUGGACAUAAAUGUGUGUUGGCAGUGUGUGAACACAACCACCCCACAAUGAAAAAAAUCCACCCACUAAUUUUUUUAAUCCCUAUUAAACCAAAGCAGUCUCAUUAGACAUGCUGUUUUGAUUUUCUUCUUAAUGUGAUGUCACACAAACAAAGCCCUGCCCACAGACACUGACUGACUAGUUAAUUUUACCCAAAAGCUUUGUUUGUUAACACAUUUUGUGGCUAUUGUCUCAGACUAUAUUCACUUCCGUCGCCAUAUUGGUCGCGUGUCACCGCGCAUCACUCGCCGGAUAACCGAAAAUGGGUAAAGAGGCGGGACGUGGGUGAAGCUGAGGUGGCUGGUUACUGAAACCACGCCCGCCUAGCUCGAUCUAGUGACAGAAGUGGCAGUUCACCCGUCACUCAAAUGGCCACGCUCUUAAUUAUGCAGAACUUUAAGGCUUAAUAUAAUUUAAACGGAUGAGUUAUAAAAAAUUCACCCACCUCCCAGUUGUCAUGAAGGGCAAAAUAAGCUAUAUAGACCAAAAUCACUUUUUUCCAGGCUGUAAACAUAUUAUUUUCUACUGUAAACAUUUAACAUUGAGGUCUAUGGGAAUUGACUCCCUUUUUGAGCCAGCGGUCACUCGAUGAAUUGCAGUUUAUGACAAUUCCGUAUUGCCCCUUGGUUAUUAAACACCCAGCCAAAUUUAAAUAAAAAAAAUCACCAAGUAAAAAUGAUCAAAAACUGAGAAAAUAAACCGCAUUCUCUGCUAUCAAAUGCUGGGGGCGCUAAAGCCACGCCCACUCGCGGGACAGCUGACAUUUUUUUUUUAGAAUAACUCUUCAACCUGACUUUAAUUUGUUAGACUUUAGAUUUGUACUUGCACUUUCCCAGCACAGUUAAAUACAGAAUAUGUAUUUUUUUAUUAUUUCAAACAUUUUACUUUUUAAAAGAAGAAAAAAAAACAUUUUGGGGUGUCGUUCCUUUUAAUACCAAGAGAAAUUGUUGAAUUUGUGUUUUAUGUAUAGGAAGCAGACCUGAGCUGGUGCAUGUAUACUGUGAUAGUUUACCUUUGCUGUCUGUUUUAUCAAGUUAAUAAAGAUUGAAACAUA